GAAGAUGAAAAAGGUGGCGAUCAGCGAGAGGACUGGUCUCCCGAAGAUCGUCCGCAGGGAUCGCGGCCGCAAGGCAGCCAUCCGAGCUACAAAGAUGACGAAGGCGGAGUGGCUGAGCUUCCAGACCCCCAAGGUCCGAGAGGCCUGGCCGAGGCCAGACUACAUGUCCGAGCCGCGGAAGGAAGGACUGGUGCGCGAUGGGGGCGAGGGCGCGUACCGUUGGCAGACGUUCGAGCUCGUCACACGGUGGACGAAGGACACGAAGAUCAAGUACCGACCCCACGCCAAAGCUCCCGGGUCAAAGUCCCACAUCCGCUAUGAGAAGUACUCCAAGGCAAAGACCAUCGGCCAGAGUCUGGCGCUGGGAUCCUAUCCCAUCGACUGGAUCUACGACUAUGAGCACGGCUUUAUCAAGGUGCUGGGCGGCCAUAUCCGUGAGGAGCCGAUUGACCGGAGCAAGGUCGAGCACGAUUGGCAGCUGACAGAUGUCGACAGAGCCAUCAUGCACUGGUUCAUGCGGGAGCUUUGCAGACGGUGCAACCUCGAAAAGUGGCAGCUGCACUUGGAGAAAGGCUGCAACGAGUCCGUGUGGAUGAGGGCCCACCGUUUGGUUGCCAACCGCACGGCGGGCGAGAUCAUGGCCCAGGCGGAGAAGAAGAAGCGCGCAGUCAGCAGCGAUGACGUGAACAGGAUUCUCAAGUGCUGGGCAUUCGCCAAGAACCCGUUCAGGGUCAACGUCAUGCCACAGGGCCAGCAGUGGGUGAAGAGCGACACCCUGGGCUUGCUGAGGGAUCGCGGUGGCAAGCUGAUCGUCACACGCCCGGCCAGGGAAUACCCAAACGUGGCAAAGAUCAUCGCCCGCUGGCUGCGCGGCAAGCUUCCCAAAGAGGCGAAGCACUUCAAAUUCACGAGCCUGAACUUGAACUGCAACUACGCGGCGCGGCGGCACCGCGAUGGAAACAAUUUCGGGCCUUCGAUGAUCAAGGCGUUUGGCGAGUUCACGGGCGGAGCGCUGUCGGUGUGGCCGGAGGACAACAAAACAACGCAUCUGAAGGCACUUCCCAACGACAAGAAGGUCACGUUGGACAUCUCCAAGAACCUGGCGCUGUUUAACGGGAACACAGCCCAUGAGGUGGAGGACUUCGAAGGCAACCGCUUCUCGAUCGUGUACUUCACGGCAGGCUGCCAUCCGAAGAUGCCGGAUGAUGUGCGCAAGCAGUUGGCGCAGCUCGACUUCAUGCUGCCCAAGAAAGAUGAAAACCGCUACUCGGUCCUUCGUGCGCCGACAGGAUACUUGGAUCGAAACCAAGGGGAAGGGCCCUUCGCUGAGAAGCUGGCGUGUGAAGUGAGUCAGUGCGAACCGUGUUCGCGUUACCACCACGCAUUCUCUGCAAGUGGUGCUUCUGCUGCUGCCGCCGCUGCUGCUGCUGCUGCUGCUGCUGCUGCUGCUGCUGCUGCUGCCACUGUUGAUGUUGCUGCCGCUGCUACUGCUCCUGACUGCUGCGGCUGCUGCUGCUCCUACUACUACUACUACUACUACUACUACUACCCUGCUACUACUACUACUACUACUACUGCUACUACUACUACUACUACUACUACUACUACUGCUGCUACUGCUACUGCUACUGCUACUGCCACUGCUACUGCCACUGCUACUACUGCUACUGCUGCUACUGCUACUACUACUACUACUACUACUCCUACUGCUACUAAGUGCUACCACUACAAAUAA